CUUCGCUCAUCUCUAAUUGCCAGCCAUCCCGUCUUAUAAUUUCACAACCAUUGGAAAAAUAUAUAUAUUGGCGAAAUACAAGGGAAAUACUAUAGCAAAAUAGCCGCAACUGCCUUCCUGGUGAAUUGGGCGUCCAUUGCGCCUUAAAUUUCACUUGUCCUCCAUCGCGGACGCAUCAAAUCCGCCUGCAACUAGCUGCUGGUCAGGACUAGCACCGAAGCUUGUUUGUUUAUUGGCCCGCUAACUGCCACAAUUACCACCGAUAUAGAUCUUGAUCUUGUCAAGCCAAGUGCCAAAAGAAUGUCGUCUCCAUGGGUUAAAAGCAGCGAGCCAGUGCAGUCGGUGAAUCUGGCGGACAUAAUGUCCGAGCAGUAUGCCCACAAGUUGCACGACAAGGAGUUACAGCGCCACACGGAGAAGCUUAAGAAACCAGAGCAGGAGAUAGCCUCCAUUUGGGAGGCGGCAGCCUCAUCCCCGCCAGCUGCCAGCUACUCCGAUGUAGCGAGCUGUUCGGCAAGGAAUUCAAGCGAUAGCGAGGAGUGGGAGGAUUACUCAGCUCUACUCACCGACGGUGGCAUUCCGACGGAGGGUAACCAGCUGCCAGAGGACAGCGAUGCAGUGAUUGCCCAACUGCUGCAGUCCCAGUUCGAUCACGAGUACAACGAAGAACUGCGUCGCAUCGAACGGCAGCAGAACAAGCAGUCCAAGGUCACGGUUACCCUCAAUAAGUUCCUACGCGAUGGCGACGCCGAGUUUCUGCACGACACCCUCGGGGAGGACUACGAGGAGGAUGAGGUGGAGCAAUUAAAGCAUGACUGGGAUCGGUUUGAGGACAACGAACGGCAGCUGGAGUCUAUUCCUCGCUGUGGCUUCAAAGUAAACAAGGAGGGCGAGAUGAUCACCAAGCACGAUCCACAAUUGUGCGCCGUGCGCAAUGCUCAGCGGGUGAUGUCCUUUCCGCCGGAGUUUCCCACCGGCGAUGCCGCUGGCUUUGACAUGAAGCUGUCCAACAAGGUCUUCAACCAACUGAGAGCCCACUCUCGACGUGGUCGCUCCGAUAAACAUGAAAAGGUGGCCACCGCCGAGAUGGGUUUGGAUGCCAGCACACGCCUGCUGCUGUACAAGCUGAUCAACAACCAGAUACUAGAGCAGAUCAACGGCAUCAUAUCCACGGGAAAAGAGGCGGUCAUCUUGCAUGCCAAUUCCGACACGAAUUACACUGACACCAAUGAGCAUGGUCAUCAGGGCGGUGUGCUGAUGCCGGCGCAUCUGCUUCCUCGCGAGUGCGCCAUCAAGAUCUUCAAAACAACGCUCAACGAGUUCAAGCAGCGUGAUCGGUACAUCAAGGACGACUAUCGGUUCAAGGAUAGGUUUAGCAAGCAGAAUCACCGAGUGAUUAUCAACAUGUGGGCGGAGAAGGAGAUGCAUAACCUGAUGAGGAUGCAGGCCAUAGGCCUGAAUGUUCCUGAUGUGGUUGUGCUGAAGAAGCACGUGCUCGUCAUGCGGUUCAUCGGCGACAAUCACAAUGCGGCGCCCAAGUUGAAGGAUGCGAGGCUGAAUGCCGCGGAACUAAGUUGCGCCUACGAGGAGAUUGUGGCCGCCAUGCACAAGUUGUACAAUGAGGCAAAGUUGGUGCAUGCCGACAUGAGCGAAUAUAACAUACUCUGGUUCGAGGGUAAGUGUUGGUUUAUAGAUGUAGCCCAAAGCGUCGAGCCGAAGCAUCCCAGUGCCCUGGAGUUUUUGAUGAGGGAUUGCGGCAACAUUGUGAACUUCUUUGAGCGACGCGGCCUGCCCAACAUCUACACCAAGGAGCAGUUGUUCGAGUUCAUUACCGGACUCAAUGCUGAGGUUCACAAUGCCGCCCAGUUGGAGCAGAUACACACGCGUGGAGCUUCCAUCAACCAGGCCACUGCUCCGAACCAGGAGGAGUGUCCCGACGAACUGAAGCCCCUGGAGUAUCCCUUUGAGUUGGCCUGGGAGAAGUCUCAGAAGGACCGUGAGGCCAAAAAGGCUCUCCAGCAAACGCAGGAUAAUGACGAUAACGAAAACGACACAGAUAAGGAUCAGGAGAGCGAUGGCAGCCAUAACGAUAUUGACGACAAGGAAAAGAUCAACAAAACUGCCAAACAUUAAAACUUAAAAAGUGAAGCCUCAGUCUCUAGUUUAGUUUCUAAUUGAUAUUAACGAUUUGGUCGCAGCGAUUCUACUACUUUUAUUUUACAAACUCCAAAGGAAAAAUAAUGAUGCUAUUAGUCACAAGUUUUGACUAUAAAAGAUCCUUUAAAACAAGAAUAAAGUUGUUUAAUUUCCGCUCAAAA